CAUUGGUGUACACUUUGACCUGUUCCAGAUGUCCGCCGCCCCGUCUGUGGCGGAUUUGUAUGACCAGAAGACAGGCAUGUAUACCACAGCCGUGGGCUCCUACAGGGCGUGGUCUAUUGACGUUGAUCUCGGACCGCCCUGUCCCUCAACACCCGUCCCCUUGGAGGAUGUUCAUGUUUUAAACUACUAUGACGCGCUUCAGUAUUCCUUAUACGAGAACAAUUUUCCGGAAACGGUCGACAGGACCGACACACCGCGGAGAGAAUUCAAGAGCGAUGACGUCACCAUCGCCUUGCUAUCGUCACCAGUAGAAUGCUUUGCAAUUUUACUGGCAGGAGGGCAAAUAUGCCCACGUGAUAUGCUGCUUGUGAUGUCAUCAUCAUGGGUGACAAAGGUCAGGUCUACGAAAAAUCCAGAAUUGUUUUCUCUUUACGUCCAUAAGGCGAUAACCAUGGACGUUGCAGGACAAUCGUUCCUGGACACGUUCAAUCCACCUCGUCGGGUAACGUAUUUCCUAAAUUACUUCACGCGCGCGUGCACGGAUGGUCAAAGAUCAGAUGGGGAGACGCUUGAGUCCGGUCUAGACUGCCCAAUGUCCAGUUCUCUUAAUUUGGUCAAAAACGUGGACGACAAAGUGUGGACUCGGACACUAUUGGCCAACGUCGAUGCUGACUACCCAGAAACGCUAGCCUUCACCUACAAAUGUCGAAUGAAUUAUGACGUAGCUUCCGGAUCGGAUAUUACUGUCAUCAAGCUAGACACAAAAACCGGAACGUCGAACCAGAUACACGAACAGGUUCAGAGAUUUCUUAACACGGCAAAUGUUCUACUGAGACAUAAGGUUGUGGUUAAACCUUCUGGAGUUAUUUGGCAUGGGAGUCUUGGUGUGACGUAUCAUGCUCGAAGUGACGUCAUUGGCAUUGUUGAGGCUGUCGUUCAUCUCCUGAAGGACAUGGAACCAGAAAACGGCAUCCUCGUGGAGACGUUCUACGCUCCGCCCAUUCAGAAUUACAAACAUUUCGCUGAGCUCUCGUUCCGGUUGAGGUCGACGGUGUGUAGAGGAUUCGGUGACCGUCCGAUAACAACUACCCUUAUAUGUGGUGUGGGACCGAGGGACAAGCCUAUCAAUGGCGAUAACACGAUCCCUCAAACGUUUGACACGACGCUGCGCUCAUGUGGAGUUACAAACGCCGAGGAGAGAAAGCGUCUUCGUGACAGGACUUCAAAAAUAUCAGAGGAUCUUCUCGGAGAGAUGAUUAAAAUAGAAAAGGAAAUGACGUCACUAGAACGUGGAGGUGUUGGGGGUCAAACAGAUAUUGUGGGACUAGAUUUCGUUCUCGGAGAGAAAGGCGGUAUUUUGACCCCGAUUGCCAUAGAGGUCAACAGUCACGACUGCACAAUUAACUGUCAGCUGUUCGAAUCAAUGAACCAUGAAACCCAAGGAUGUUCAGUUGGCCCCCUCGUGGAAAAUAUGGCGCAUCGAUCCCAGCGCCACAUAAUGCAGGGGAAGACAAUCCUUGUCAUUGGUGCGGGUGGCUUCAGUAAACGUUUUAUCUGGAAAGCAGCGCGGGAUUACGGAAUCAAGGUUUUUCUCGUGAACGAUGUUCCAGAUUCCUUUGUGUCCAGGGACGUGGACAAAUUCAUUCAAUAUGAUUUCUCCGACCAUAUGCAGGACGACCGGCACGCAAGAAAUAUCAUCCAACUUGUUUCGUCCGACAUUGACGUCGUCGACGGAUGCUGUACAUUCUGGGAAGACUGUGGCCCCCUUGCGGCCAAUAUUUGCGACAAAAUGCAUUACAGUGGUGCCAGUCUACAGGGGGCGCUGAUCGCCAAAAAGAAGAGUUCCACUCAGCAGUUAUUAAGGCAGCGAACAGCUGAUAUUCCACACUUCCCUCGAACGUAUUUGUAUACAGGAAGAUCAGCUGCUAUACGAACAUCCGAGGAAAUUGACACGGCCGCAACGCAUGUUAGAUUCCCUGCCGUCCUGAAACUUGAAUACGGUUCCAGUGCCAUAGGGGUCAAGCUUGUCAAUGACGAAGAAGAGUGCCGAAUCGAGUACGAAAAAAUCCGAAGUUGUCUUCGGCAGGAGUCGGAUCAUCCCGGCAUAGGUCUAGGAUACGGAAAUGACAUGAUGCUGAUGGAGUACUACGAAGGAACAGAACACGACAUCGAUAUCAUCAUCUACAAACGACGACUCAUCGCCGCUUUUAUUUCCGAUAAUGGCCCAACUAGACAAGGAAAUUUUACAGAAACAGCAGCCUCUAUGCCGACAUGCCUCCCACCGGACAAAUCUGGACAGCUGACAACAGCGGCAUACCAAUGUUGUACAGAAGUCGGACUCACAAACGGUGUUUUUAACGUCGAAAUGAUUAUGACGCCAACAGGUCCAAAACUGUUGGAGAUAAAUGCCCGGAUGGGUGGGUUCUACCUCAGAGAUUGGAUCAAAGCUUGCUAUGAUGUUGAUUUACUUCUCUGCUCUUUCAUGAUCGCGGCCGGCGUUAAGCCAAUCUUGCCUCGAACCAUUACGCCUCGUUGCCAUAUCAUGGGAGUUAUGUGCGUUCCCUCGGCCCACAGGGAGACACUGUCCCGUGUCGAUAUCACGAACAAAAUUUACAGUCUGCACGAAUCUCACAAAGUUCGUUACAAUGAGUUGGACGCAGAGGAAAGUUUAGACGCAGACGAAGAUGUUGAAGAACCUUUCUCUAAUUUCGCCGUGGUGGCCGAUGAUUUGGAAACGGCAAAGUCUGAACUGAUCAGAUUAUGUUCAGAACUUGAAAUAAACAAUUCGUCUUACGACGUUCCGGCUUAUGUUUCCCAAUUCCAUCCGAACACCGACGAAUACAUGUUAUGUUAAAACUCGCAAGGGGACCAAAAAAAACCCCGAAAAAUAAACUAUUAAGUUGUGACUCUUAAUAUCUCUUGACAAACUAUUGUUAAAGAGAAAAUUCUAUCGACAGAUGACAUUUUAUUGUCUUCGCGAAUAACACGGUAACAAUACUUUCAUUCGAUAACGGCAGGUGCCCCGAUUGUACGGGUUCAGUCUACAUAUACAAAAUAUACCUUUCAGAUAUAUGUGAUAGAAGACAACAAAACAAAUCUCUUAUCUGUAGAAUGUUUUCAUUUUAAACGCAUUUUUAACAAAAUACUAGUAUAAACACAUUAUACACAACGAUAAUCAUUAUCGGUAGACACUUUAUACCUCUUAAGAGCAGUGCUUUCUAACCAACGAGAUGGCGACCGUGAAAAAUUCCGAAAGUCUUUAUUAAUCUGAAUCUCUGGAAAUUCUGUGUAAUUAUUGUUUGUCAGAUUAAGGAGAACAUCCUUAAACAUCGGAUCAAGUGCGACACGUUAACUGUUUAGGAAACCAUCAUCAUAUGGCGAAGACGUUAUAUAUACAGCGACCAAUUAAUCAAGCAUUAACUACCUCUGUCUGUAACAACGGGUCUGUCCUAAUAAGAAGGUUGGCAAACCAGUGGUACAGUAAAUGUAUAUAUAUCAAAAAUUAUUAUAAUCUAUAGCAGUUAUAAAGAAGUGGCGUCCCAUAUAUUAGUAAAUAUAAAUCGGUGGUUUUAGAAACAGUGGUAGCUAUAGGGAGGUUUCCUUUAAAAGUGGUAACUGCGUAUAGACACGUGACCUUUGACAGUGGUAGCUAUAAAAAGGUGACCACCCAAACAGUGGUAGUUAUCCAUUGCAGAUAAGUGGACUCCCGAACAGUUAUAGAAAUAAUAAGGUGGCCUUAAAACAAUGGUAGAUAUAUAUAGAUGGCCUCCCAAAUAGUGGUAGAUAUAGAUAGGUGGCCUCUAAAACACUGGUAUAUGUAGAUAUGUGGCUUCAAAAAUAGUGGUAGCUAUACAAAAACGGUGGCCUCUCAAACAGUGGUAGCUAUGUAUAGGUGGCCUCCCAAACAAUGGUAGAUAAAGAUAGUGGCCUCUCAAACAGUGGUAGCUAUGAAUGGGUGGCCUCGCUAACAGUGGUAGCUAUGGAUGGGUGGCCUCGCUAACAGGGGUAGCUAUGGAUAGGUGGCCUUCCAAACAGUGGUAGAUAUAGAUAGGUGGCCUCCCAAACAGUUGUAGAUAUAGAUAGGUGGCCUCGAAAACAGUUGUAGAUAUAGAUAGGUGGACUCUCAAACAGUGGUAGAUAUAGAUAGGUGGCCGCCAAAACAGUUGUAGAUAUAGAUAGGUGGCAUCCCAAACAGUGGUAGAUAUAGAUAGGUGGACUCUCAAACAGUUGUGGAUAUAGAUAUGUGGCAUCCCAAACAGUUGUAGAUAUAGAUAGGUGGCCUCUCAAACAGUGGUAGAUAUAGAUAGGUGGACUCUCAAACAGUUGUGGAUAUAGAUAGGUGGACUCUCAAACAGUUGGAGAUAUAGAUAGGUGGACUCUCAAACAGUUGUGGAUAUAGAUAGGUGGACUCUCAAACAGUUGUAAAUAUAGAUAGGUGGACUCUCAAACAGUUGUAAAUAUAGAUAGGUGGACUCUCAAACAGUUGGAGAUAUAGAUAGGUGGACUCUCAAACAGUUGUAAAUAUAGAUAGGUGGACUCUCAAACAGUUGUGG